AUAGUAGUUUCAGAAACAAUAGCUUGAGCAGUAGUGAUUUUAGUAGUAGUGGCUUUAGUAGCAAUAGUAGUUUUAGAAAAAAUAGGUUAGACUAUAGUAAUUUUAGUAGUGGUGAUGAUAGUCUCAGUGGUAAUAGUAUCAAUAGUAGUGAUAUCAGUGAUGGUAGACUUG